CUCGUAUACUUUACACAACAACGAUGGCGCUCCACGGAUCCAACAUGACGGGUCUACUUAUUUCACUUUUGCUCACUUUUGCAGCUCUGUUUUGUAGCGUUAUUGCGGAUAAUGAUGACAAUGGCACACCUAAGAAUGUAUACAACGAAGUAAUGUUUCAGCAUGCUGUCGACCAUUCAGCACAUUUCAUCAUGUUCUACGCUCCUUGGUGCGGUCACUGCAAGAAGCUGGCACCAGUGUGGGAUGAAUUAGCGGACCGUUACAAUGGAGACGAAUCUGUACCUGUCACAAUAGCUAAAGUGGAUUGUACAGCACAAACCAAAGUGUGCCAUGAGAACGACGUGAAGGGUUACCCCACACUCAAGUUUUUCAACCCUGGGUUUGAGCCGGCCAAACACACCGGCAAACGAGACUAUGCAAGUCUGGAGAAAUUCAUUGAGGAGAAAGUGAACGUGAAGAAGGACGUUCCUCCUCCACCCGCAGCCAAACAUGGACUUUAUGAACUAACAAUGGACACAUUCAAGGACCAUGUCGCUAAGGGGAAUCACUUUGUCAAGUUUUACGCGCCGUGGUGCGGCCACUGCAAGAAGCUUGCCCCAGUUUGGGACGAGCUGGCUGAGGGUUUCUCUCACAAUGAAGACAUCACAAUCGCAAAGAUGGACUGCACUGAUAACAGGAAAGUUUGCAAUGAGUAUGGAGUUGGUGGAUUCCCUACACUUAAAUUCUUCAAGGAUGGCGCAGUGGUUGAUACUUACAAGCAAGCUCGUGACCAUAAAUCUCUUAAGGAUUACGUCAGUAAAAUGAUGAGCGCUCCUCCAGUGGAAGAACCCAAGAAAGAGGCUGCACCCGUUGAAGAAAAACCAGAGUCAAAGGUUACUGUGCUUACUGAUGGCAGCUUCCAGGAUGGCAUCUCAAAAGGAUAUACAUUUGUGAAAUUCUUUGCACCAUGGUGUGGUCAUUGUAAGAGACUUGCUCCAACCUUUGAUGAGCUGGCAUUGAAAUUGGAAGACAAGCCAGGCCUAGCAGCUGCAGAGGUUGAUUGUACACAACAAAAACAAAUCUGCUCUAAACAUCAGGUGAAAGGCUACCCAACCAUGCUUUUAUUCAAGAAUGGUGAAUACGUAGAGAAAUACACCGGUGGUCGAACCUUAGAUAACAUGUAUUCUUUCAUGCUACUCAAAUUAAAAGAAGAGCUCUAAGUUGCGAAGAAUUGGAUCUCCACAUCGUCCGACAUCAGUUGCUCUCCGGUUUGCUGGGAACGUCUAGUUUUUUAUUACCUUUAUUACACAUAUACAUAGUUUUGAAGAUUUUUUCCUGGUUUCAAGAUAUAUCCUGAUUUCAUGGAUUCUCCAAGAUUUCAGAAUUCGUCCUGAUUUCAGGGAUUUUACCCCACAGUCGGUAGCAUUUCCUGAUUUCAAAAGUAUUUCCUUAUUUCCCAAAUCAUUUCCUGAUUUCAGGAAUAUUUCCUGAUUUCGAGAAUAUUUCAAGAUUUCAGGAAAUGUCUCUUGCUUUCAUUAAUAUUUCCUGAACUGCAGGAAUAAAUCUUGAUUUCAGCAAUAUUUCCCGAUCUCAGGAAUAUUUCCUGGUUUCAGGAUUAUUUCCUGGUUUCAGGAAUAAUAUUUCCUGAUUUCACAAAUAUUUACUGAUUUCAUAAAUAUUUAUUGAUUUCACAAAUAUUUACUGAUUUCACAAAUAUUUACUGAUUUUAUGGAAUUUCAAGGGUUUUGUCCUGUUUUUAGGACUCAUCGACCUCUACACUUGAUCGCAUGUUUUAAUUUUGAUACAAUAUCAUCCUUAUUUCCAGAAAGCACUACAAAGUGAAGUAGUGGUAGUGUUUAACUUCCCUUUUUCAAGUUAUAUUUUCGUAUUUCUAGAAAAAAAGUAAUUAACAAAUAUACAGUACACAAGUCUGCUAAUUAAGAGUUGAUUUGAAGUUGUGUGAAUCUUCACCGAGGAGCUGAAUUCAGGAAAAAUUACAUGAGCAUGCCCAUAUCCACCAACACUUAAAGCCAUUACACACUUUCGGUACAGAAAAAAAAAAAAAAAAAACCUCACAGAUUUA